AUGUUUUUUCGUUUUUCCAUGUUUUCACAGCAUGUUUAGUGAGAAAAUUUUUCAUUUAAGUAGCAAUGAUUAGAGUUCAGUAGCUUUGAGAGUUAUUUUUCAAGUUACAGCAUACAAUGCAUGCUGCAACCAGAGAGAAAACUUCUACCUAUGAGCAUUCUACAAAACUGUUCCAAAGACGGAGAUCACUCUUCCCGUCCGAAACAGAUGCUUCCGAGACAGAUUCUGAUUUGGGUCACAUCAGCCCUCUCAGUUUUGAUUCUAGUUUAGACAAUGAUGAUGUGAAUUGUUAUUAUUUGAAACAACAUCUAGAUGAUAGUGUACCCAAUAGUGUAAUAUCUAAAUCAGACACUGUUAGUGACUAUGAUAUACUGGGAAUUGUUGAGAAUGAUGAGGUCAAAGCUUGCACUCCAGGGAACCAAAAGUUUUUGGCAACAGAAAUUAUAUCUCCUCUAUAUUUGAGUCCUCAUCUCAAUGAUUUUGGAUAUUCUAGAACCUAUAUUAAUGAAACUCCUUCAAAAAUUUCUCCUACCUACAAACUGAAAACACCUCAUGAUACAUCCAGUACUAACUCAAAACUUCCUAAACUUGCCCGUAAAUCUCUUUCAGAAUUUUCAGAAAUCCCUUCCAAUAAGCGUAAGCUAUCCCCCCACAUAUCACCUGAACAAUCUAAACAAAUCAAGUUAGAUUCAAAAAGUUCCAAAGUACGUACCACUCUGUUUCCUGAAAUUGAUGUUUCUCUUCCUGCAAACCGGUUUUAUUCAAACACUGAGAACAUAAUGGACAAAAUCAUGAAAAGAAAAGAGGCAGCAUCAAAAUCUUUCACUUUUCAUACUACAAGUCGUAAAGCCAAGCCCCGCCGAAAAAUGAGCCAGAUAAAUAAACAUGUUGGACAUAAAAUUCGUAAACCUAAACAGAAAAAAAGUUACAAGAACACAGUGGUUAGAACUGGUUCUGCUAACACUGCAGGAAAUUCAGCUAUUACUGAAUUCAUUCUGGAUCUAAAAGUGUUGAAAAAUUCAAAAUCUGAAUCUGCUAAGCUCAUUGAUAACAAAGAAAACAUGAAACCAAUAGAGCCAAAACCAAAUACCAAACAAAUAGUACCUGCCAUUAAGAGUAAAAACACACACUCAGAGCUUGAAACUAGAAAACGGUGUGUGAGUCCUGAGACAGAGCCUAAUCACAACAAAAAGUUUUUCAAAUCUUCACGAUCCAAAGGCAUAGUGACAAUGAACAAAAAUUUCAAAGUGGAAGUUGAUCAUGGUAAAAUAACUUUAUUAGAGAAAGAAGAAAAAAGCAAGCCCAGAACUGAAUUUGAAAUGACUGAUUUUGUAUCAGAUGAUAAUGAUUUGCUGAACACAAAUCUUGAAAACAUUAUAUCUUCCCUUGAAGAUGAACCUUCUCAAACUGUAGAAGUACCUGUCAAUAAGAUUGUCCUACAAGCUCAUAACUCUGUUGUAGCCUCAGAUAGUUCAAUAUUACUUCAUCAACAACCAGCCUGCCCUGCAAGCCUUCUACUAUCACCUAUUUCACAAAUGUGUGACGAGACCUCUGGUUUAGCUCUGAAUAGUCCUAAACGUGCCAAGAACUUGAAUUAUAUCUUAGACAGGAUGCCAAAUGCUACACAAAACAUCUUCAAUCACACUGCAGAAACAAAUGCAAAGCUUUUUCCCAUAUUCAAUGGGGGGUCACAAGUUGUUCCUCAUAAAAAAGAGACUAGACUUACUGGUAAUAGUAUUGAGAAAAAAAUUAGAAAGUUAUCUGCCAAUCAAAUGUUAUUGGAUGCUGGACAGAAGAGGUUUGGUGUUACCCAAUGCCAUGAGUGUAACAUUAUUUACCAUAUGGGGGAUCCUAGUGAUGAAGCCAUGCAUUUACACUAUCAUAAUGCUGGACAUAUCCUGCGAUUCCAGGGAUGGAAAAAUGAGAGAGUGGUUGCAGAUUUCCAGACAAGUGGAAGAAUAAUACAAAUUAUUCCAGGUGAUUCAAAGGUUUGGUGGAAAAAAUCUAAUGAUUUAAUGGAUCUGAUCAAUCAGGAACUGGGUUGUUACAAUAUGGAGUUUUCUUUACCAAACUGUCAGACGUUCCUGUAUAUAAAAAACAAAAUGAUAAUUGGAUGUACGGUAGCUAUAGCAAAAUCGGAAGGCCAUCAAAUGCUGUCUACUGAUGAUAAUGAAGCGGACCUUUGUUCAGAGCGAAAAUACCCUAUCAGGUGCGGAAUACCAAGAGUAUGGGUAGCGCACAAUCACAGAAGACGAGGAAUAGCCACUGCCCUCAUGAACUCCGUCAAAACAAACUUCAUUUUCGGGUAUGCUCUCAGGAAUUCAGAAAUUGCUCUCAGUCCACCCACCGAACUGGGCAAACUGUUUGCUCAAAAAUAUUUUGGUACAGAAAAUUUUUAUGUUUACUACAUUUGAAUUCUACUUUUUAUCAUUUUUCUUCUUUAUCUUCAAUAGAGCCUUGUACAUGCAGUAUUAAUAUAUUAUGUUGAGUGUUUUAGAUAUACCUGAAUUUGAAUAUACUGUACAAUUUUAAGACAUUUUGACUCAUAUUGGUUGAAUUACAGUAGAAACUCACUAUUGUGACCGUUUGUGAGUGAUAACAAUUUGUUGAAUGCAUGUUGUAAAAACAUGAAAUC